UGUUAUGCGGCUUAUCAGCCCGACAUAUCAUCAAGGAAGGGUUUGUGACUGACCGUCUUUUGCCGCAGCUACAGUAUGCACUGCAUAAGAGCGCCUCGUUUGUCAAACUUCAUACAAAACAUUUUCAAAUAUCCAGACGUAACGAGGAAAGUUCUCUUCAUCCAUCCACAAUGUUGUCUGAGCACGAUAUCAACAAACUUGUUCCCGCGACGACCAUCUACUCGCUUGGGUAAUUUCCAUCCCAAUAUGAAUUUAUAUUCCAAAUCCCAGAGUUCUGGAGUGGAGAACAUGCUUUUUUACACCAUAACAGAGGGGAAAGAGCAAGUGCCCAUCUCACACUUUACAACAGCCCUAAAAAAAACUGGCCUUGACCCCUCUGACCCUCGUCUGAGGGAAUGCAUGGAGAAUCUGCAGCAGGCUGUGAGCGAGUCUGAUGACGAGGUGAUGAUGGACAGAGACCUCUUCCACAGGUGUGUUGGUGGCAACGUUGUCUUGCUGAUCCAGGCCUUCAGGAAGAAAUUUAUCAUCCCCGAGUUUGAUUUGUUUGCUCAAAAAAUCGAUGAAAUCUUUAAAACAGUUCAAAAACAAAGCGAUGGGAAGGUUGCAGACUACAUUCCCCAGCUAGCCAAGUCUAGCCCAGAGCGGUGGGGGGUUUCUUUGUGUACAGUUGAUGGGCAGAGGCACUCUGUAGGUGACACCAAGCAGCCAUUCUGCCUGCAGUCGUGUGUGAAGCCCCUGCAGUAUGCCGUCGGUGUCCACGAGGCCGGAACAGAGAAGAUUCACAGCUAUGUUGGCAUGGAGCCCAGUGGCCUCAAGUUCAAUGUGCUUUCACUUGAUGAUGAAGAUAAACCACACAACCCUAUGGUGAAUGCUGGCGCCAUAGUUAUCAGCUCUCUGAUCAAGCCCCGUGCUAAAAAGGCAGAGAAGUUUGACUACGUGAUGGAGUUUGCAAAAAAGAUGGCUGGCCAAGAAUAUGUAGGAUUCAGCAAUGCCAUGUUUCAGUCCGAAAAAGAAACUGGUGACAGAAAUUUUGCCAUUGGAUACUAUAUGAAAGAGAAGAAGUGUUUUCCUCCGGGAGCAGAAAUGAUUGAUGCCCUUGAUUUCUACUUCCAGCUUUGCUCCAUCGAGGUGACCUGUGAGUCGGGAAGUGUCAUGGCUGCCACUUUGGCCAACGGAGGGAUCUGUCCGAUCACAGGCGAGCGUGUCCUGAGUGCCGAGGCUGUGCGAAACACCCUGAGCCUCAUGUAUUCCUGCGGCAUGUACGAUUUCUCUGGGCAGAUGGCUUUUCAUGUGGGCCUGCCUGCCAAAUCUGGGGUUUCUGGUGCAAUUCUACUGGUAAUCCCCAACGUCAUGGGGGUGAUGUGUUGGUCUCCUCCGCUGGACAGAGUUGGGAACAGUGUACGGGGGAUACAUUUCUGCCAGGAACUUGUGUCAGAGUUUAAUUUUCACAAUUACGACAACUUGAGGCACUUUGUAAAGAAGCAGGACCCUCGCAGGCAGGACGGAGAGGACAGGAACAAGUCUGUUUUCAACUUGAUGUUCGCAGCGUUCAGUGGAGAUGUGUCAGCCCUGAGAAGAUUUGCCCUCUCCUCCAUGGACAUGGACCUGAAAGACUACGACUCUCGAACAGCACUACAUAUCGCUGCAGCAGAGGGUCACAUUGAUGUGGUGAAGUUCCUCACUACGUCUUGCAAUGUCGAUCCACUCGUAGAAGACAGGUGGGGAAACUUUCCAGUUGAUGAUGCCAUGCAGUUUGGACACGAGGAAGUGGUGAAGGUGCUCAAAGAUUACCAGAAAAACUACCAAAAGCAGGAGAAGCAGCACAGCGACGCCGAGCAUCCCCAGAAGCUGGAUACCAUCGAGGGCAUGGUGUGACAUCCUUGAGAAAAGGCCUCAGACUGUAACGUCUCUGUCAAAAUCUGACAAUCCAUUUUUUACGCUUGAUCUGAGUGGCAAAUGAAGACCAGAGUGGGGUUAAGUGGGUUUAAAUGAACCAUGUGGAAUCACGAUUAAAAAGGGAAGUAAACACGGAAAGAACAUACAGCACAAAAAACACAAACUCAAAAAGAGUGUAAAUGUAAGACAUGAAGUAUAUAAAAGCAAUCUGCAAACAGUUUCGGCCUAAUUUCACAUUAAUUCAGCAGAAAUUCAUGUUCACCCUGGCUACUGUUCAUUAUUUAUAAGAGUGUUUUUUUUUUUAAUAGAAAUAAGUCUUUCUGUACAAUUUUGUAAAGCUGAAGAUUUUUUUUUUUAUCCAUAAAAUACAACAUUUUUAUUGUUUUUGUUUUAAACCUUUGAACAGUUGGGGCACAAAUUGUUUCCUCAAGCUAUUUUAAAAAGGGAAAAAUAAAAAUGAAAUGUAUGCAAUCCCACUUAAUGUCUUCUUUUUUUGUAUAUUUGAUGUUUUUCAGCAGUAAAUAAUGACAUUGGAA